UUGACUGUGUUAGCAUGAAAUCUGUAUGGGCUGAAUACUGUACACAACUAACAACGAAAUCACUGGCAAAAAUAUUGGGUCAGGCAUUCAAUCCGCGUUACAUGAGUAUUGAUCCACCAUUUCUCAAUCAAGACAGUGAUGCUAAACGAUCCUCAUAUGAGAUUCCAUUUUAUGCCGAUAAUGAUGUGGUGUCCGUGGGAGAUUUUCCUGCCUGGGAAACCGAUCAUAUCAAUUACUAUGAAGAAAAGAAGGCCAUUAACGAUAAGAAAGUGAUAAGAGUACGAAAUAUUUUCACACAGAAAAGUACAAAAGAUCCACAGGCAUCAAAAACCCGACCAUGGGAAUGUGCCUCCAAGUUAACAUGGCUGGAUUUGGGUAUUAACUAUUUUCCACGAUACAUACGUUCGGUGGAAUGUAUUUCGAAUUCUUGCUGGUAUGGUCAUUACAAUUGUAAACCAAAAUCGUUUACAAUAAAAGUGUUGCGACGCAAACAUGGUUCCUGUAUACGAGUCAAUGAAAAAUUACUACUCUUAACAUCGGAACAAUUUCCAACCGACUACACCGAAUUAUGGGUGUGGGAAGAGAUAUCAGUUAAUUUUUGUUGUGACUGUGUUACGGCACCGGAUGGAUGA